CUUGACCCUGCUGGGAAAAGUUUUUAUUGAUGCACCGGGGCCUCUCGACUUGCCUAGGUCAGGGGCGCGCACGGGUGUUCCCGGGGAGGGUCGGGCAGUCCCCGAGCGACCCGGCUCGGGACACAGAGGGCCGAUGCCUUAUAUAACCGCGAGGCGUCCCUCCUCCUCCGCGCCCCUCACCCCUCGCGGAGCUGCAGACUUAGAGCGGAUCGCAGCGACAAAUCCCCUUCGCUGGCCGGGCAGAGUCCCCGGCGGAGCUGGCAGGGCCGAACCAGCCAGUGCAUUUUGGGGGCCGAGCACCGGGAUUUUCCGGGCGCCGCUCUCCUCCCUGGAGCUGCUCGCUGGGCCCCUGGCCCCAGCCCGGCCGGCGCCUCCGUCCGGUCUGCCCUGCGCCUCUCGAAAGCGCGGAUCGCGGCGCCUGGGGCCGGGAAAGGGGCCACCGCGCAGGGACGCGGCUCUGCGGGCGCGCCCCGGGGGCAUGUCCGCGAGCUACCGGCAGGGCUGCAGCGGUCUCCGCGAGAUGGCCAGUAACCCUUGUGCCAGGUAGCAUUCUAUGCCAACCUUGAAGACCACCAGGAAGUCACUGGACAGAAAACCCUUCCAAGAUUAUAACGUGGCUGUUAGAGCAACCUGGAAAAGAAGAAAAAAGCAAAACCAUGGCAAAGGUAAACAGAGCUCGGCCGGCCUCCCCUCCAGAUGGUGGCUGGGGCUGGAUGAUCGUGGCUGGCUGUUUCCUGGUCACCAUCUGCACCCGGGCAGUCACCAGAUGUAUCUCAAUUUUUUUUGUGGAGUUCCAGACGUACUUCGCUCAGGAUUAUGCACAGACAGCAUGGAUCCAUUCCAUCAUAGACUGUGUGACCAUGCUGUGUGCUCCACUUGGGAGUGUUGUGAGUAACCACUUAUCCUGCCAAGUGGGAAUCAUGCUGGGUGGCUUGCUUGCAUCUACUGGUCUCAUCCUGGGCUCAUUUGCCACCAGUCUGAAGCAUCUCUACCUCACUCUGGGCGUUCUUACAGGUCUUGGAUUUGCACUUUGUUACUCUCCAGCUAUUGCCAUGGUUGGCAAGUAUUUCAGCAAACGGAAAGCCCUUGCUUAUGGGAUCGCCAUGUCGGGAAGUGGUAUUGGCACCUUCAUCCUGGCUCCUGUGGUUCAGCUCCUUAUUGAGCAGUUCUCCUGGAGGGGAGCAUUACUCAUUCUUGGGGGCUUCGUUUUGAAUCUCUGUGUUUGUGGUGCCUUGAUGCGGCCAAUUAUUCUGAAAGAGGACCGGAUGACACCAGAGCAGAAGCAUGCCUGUACAACUCAGAGAGAAGACUUUGAGCGGGCUUCUCCCUAUUCACCUCUGACCAAAAACUGGACCCAGACUUACAUCUGCUGCUCUUUGCAGCAGGAGUACAGUUUUCUCCUGAUGUCAGACUUUGUUGUGCUAGCCAUCUCUGUUCUGUUUAUGGCUUACGGCUGCAGCCCUCUCUUUGUGUACUUGGUGCCUUAUGCUUUGAGUGUUGGAGUGAGUCACCAGCAAGCUGCUUUUCUUAUGUCCAUUCUGGGGGUGAUUGACAUUAUUGGCAAUAUCACAUUUGGAUGGCUGACCGACAGAAGGUGUCUGAAGAAUUACCGGUAUGUUUGCUACCUCUUUGCUGUGGGCCUGGAUGGGCUCUGCUAUCUCUGCCUCCCAAUGCUGCAGAGUCUCCCACUGCUUGUGCCUUUCUCUUGUACCUUUGGCUACUUUGAUGGUGCCUAUGUGACCCUGAUCCCAGUAGUGACUGCGGAGAUGGUGGGGACCUCCUCUUUGUCGUCCGCACUCGGGGUGGUAUACUUCCUUCAUGCAGUGCCGUACUUGGUGAGCCCACCCAUCGCAGGGUGGCUGGUAGAUACAACUGGCAGCUACACGGCAGCGUUCCUUCUCUGUGGAUUUUCAAUGAUAUUUAGUUCUGUGCUGCUUGGCUUUGCUAGACUUGUAAAGAGGAUGAAAACAACCCAGCUGCAGUUCCUUGCCAAAGAAUCUGACCCCAAGCUGCAGUUGUGGACCAAUGGAUCAGUGGCUUAUUCUGUAACAAGAGAAUUAGACCAGAAAGACGGGGAAUCUAUGGCUACAGCAGUGCCUGGUUACCACCCCACCUGACCAAGGGCCUUGAGCCUGGGAAUCUUCAGAGUUCGUCCAAAUGGGGCCACAUGAUUGCUCAUGUUUCGGAAGCAUUUGAUUUUGGCAGAGCAUUGCCUUCCAAGGACAUUAUUACUAUUGUUUUAUUAACAUAUUUAUAAAGGGAAAAUAGCGAAUAAUAAAGAAAGGUGGCCUAGCCCAGAGUUUGCUCAUUUGGGGUUUGUACUCAGAAUUGAACUUACAUCUUUUGGGCAAUGAGCAUUGCUCCAUGGGGAAUGUAAGGAUACCACUGAUGUAAUCAGCUGUAAUUGAGGUGUAAUUUCCAGGCAUAACUAAACCAGAUGACACUGGGCAGCAGCUUUGUCCCAAAGUCUCUGUCCCUACACACCCCCCAUGCCCCCAGUUAGAAGGUGAAUGGAAACACUGACAUGUAGGUUUGCUUACAUGGGUCAUUAUGAAAGUUUUGAGAUACACAAAAAUUCAGAAAUGU